AUGGCGGACGAUGCAUCGAGUAGUAGCGCUUGUGCCGGUAAUUCUGUUGAGAAUUCAGUAAAUCAAGAUGAGCUUAUCAUGAAACAGCAGCGAGAAAUAGAAAAAGAGAUAUCAGAGUCUAUUCCUUUGGUCGGCGAUCUUGAAGAAAUAUCCUCUCUAGAAAAAGAAUAUAACGAAGACCCCAUUUAUUUGUUAAAAGUUAAAGAUCUCUCUGCCAAGUAUAAACAAAUAAGAAGAACAAGACCGGACGGUAACUGCUUCUUUAGAGCAUUUUCUUACGCUUACUUAGAGCAUCUUCUCACUGAUAAAAAAGAAUCGGAUAAAUUUUAUGAAAUAGCGAAGAAUUCAAAAGAAAUACUCGUCGCUUUAGGCUUUCCUCAAUUCACUGUUGAAGACUUCUAUGAAACGUUUAUGGAAGUAGUACAAAGAGUUGGUGAACAAGCAGGUGGACCUCCUGAUCAGCUCGGGGCUAUUAGAGAGGAACUUCAUGAGAAAUUCAAUAAGCAGGGUUACUCAGAUUAUAUAGUGGUAUAUUUGAGACUUAUUACAUCAGGACAAUUGCAAACACAACAUGACUUCUAUCAAAAUUUUAUAGAAGGAUCACGUACAGUCACAGAGUUCUGUAGACAAGAAGUUGAGCCAAUGUACAAGGAAUCUGACCACAUUCAUAUCAUAGCUUUGAGUAAUGCAUUGAAUGUUGGUGUUAGAGUCAAGUAUAUGGAUCGUGGAGAAGGGAGUCAGGUAAUCGCGCAUGACUUCCCCGAAGGCUCCAAAGCUCUUGUUCACCUGUUGUACCGACCUGGCCACUAUGAUAUCCUGUAUGCG